AUGAGUUUCAUGUUCAACAAUGAAUUGAUGGCUGAUGUUCAUUUCAUCAUGACAAAUGAUGGGAAGGAAACCAGUCAAAAAAACAUCACCAUACCAGCUCACAAGUUCGUUCUCUCCAUCAGUAGUUCUGUAUUUGAUGCCAUGUUCAACGGCCAGUUAGCUCACCCAGCAGAUGAUAACCUCACCAUCGAAAUAACUGAUAUAGAACCAGCAGCCUUCUUAAAUUUAUUGAGAUUCUUCUACACUGAUCAAGUUACUCUAUGCCCAGAAACAGUUAUGGCCACGUUGUAUGCAGCAAAAAAGUAUGCUGCAAGUUUGUUGGAGUUUGCAUGUGUAGAUUACUUGAAAUCAAACUUGAAUGGAGACAAUGCAUGCAUGUUGUUAGCACAAGCGAGACUGUUUGAUGAACCCCAACUGGCCACAAUGUGCCUGGAAGUCAUCGAUCAUUCAACACUAGAAGCAGUUGCAGCAGAUAGUUUCACUGAAAUUGAUCUUGAAACACUCUGCAUUGUUCUGCAGAGAGAUUCGUUGGAGAUCAGAGAAUCAAAUUUGUACUCUGCUGUCAUCAGGUGGGCCCAGGCAGAAUGUUCCAGAAAUAACUUAACUGCUACAGCAGAGAACCAGAGACGAGUUUUAGACAAGGCUCUCAACUUCAUAAGAUUUCCUCUGAUGUCUAUUGAGGAAUUUGCAUCAGGGCCAGCUCAGUCUAAUCUCCUUUCAGAUAAAGAAGUUGUGCAGAUUUUUUUGUAUUUCACAGCCAAACCACGACCGUCCAUUAGAUUUUCAGAUGCAGCUCGUUGUUGCGUUGUCAGCAAGGAGGAAUGCGUGUGCAGGUUUGGCAAGGUGGAAAAGAGAUGGGGCUACAGUGGUCACACUGACAGAAUCAGAUUCAUGGUUAGCAGGAAAAUUUACGUCGUCGGUUUUGGAUUGUACGGCUCCAUACAUUCAAGCGCAAAGUACUUUGCAAAUAUUCAGCUGAUGCACUCUGAUUUCAGAUCAGUUUGUGGAGAAAAUGACGUCGUUUACUCCAGCCAGGGCAACACAGAAACAAUCAAGGUGAUGUUCAAGGAGCCUAUUGAGAUUUCCCCAAACGUAAGCUACACAGCUUGUGCCACCAUCCAGGGACCUGAUUCAUAUUACGGGGCCAAGGGGGUUCGCAAGGUCGUCGCGGGAAAAACGACUUUCCAAUUUUUUUACAAUGCCGGAAACAACAAUGGCACCUCAGUUGAAGACGGCCAGCUGCCUGAGAUUUAUUUUUACACAUGA